GUAUGAAAGGACGUAUUCUGUUAUGGCUAUGCAUCUAUUGACAAUGAUGGACGAAUCCCAAAGACUUCCAUAAAUUCACCAGAAUUGUAGUAUAGAGGACUGAGGACGUAACCAUGCCUUCCGUGGUUCUGAUGGACGUGUCUCUGUCCAUGACGAGACCGGUGGCGGCGGACGGUAGUGAGGAGUUUCAGAGGAAGAAUUUGGCCAUCCAUGGUCUCACCAUGCUUUUUGAACACAUGGCCACCAACUACCGACUGGAGUUUACUGCACUAGUGGCUUUCUCUUCCCUCUAUGAACUCAUGGUGCCGUUUACAAGAGAUUACAAUGCCCUGCAGGAAGCUCUGAGUAACCUGGAGGAUUAUGACAAAACUUGUCUGGAGUCUGCCUUACAGGGAGUCAGUAAUUUUGUGCAGCAGGAAUGGAGUAGUGCUUGCCCCUGCCAGGUGGUGCUGGUGACAGAUGGAGCUCUUGGGAUUGGUAGAGGUUCUCUGCGCCACUCCCUUCUCACUCUGAAACAACGAGGGGAGGACAAGAAGUUCCCCCUCCCCUUCCCGUUUCCAUCUAAACUUUACAUCAUGUGUAUUGCCAAUGCAGAGGAGCUGCAGGCUACUGAUGCUAUGGAGAACUUGGAACAGUUGCUUAGUCUUAAUGGUGGAGAAGGCCAGAUCUUUACCAUGGAGGGCCCACUGUGUCUGAAGAGUGUGCAGUCCAUGUUUGGGAAGCUCAUCGAUCAGGCGUAUUCGCCCUUCCACGCUGUACUGCGCUGUGGGAACCUGUCCUCUGAUGUUCAGGUCUUCCCCAGACCUGAGCCUGUGCUGGUGGAUGAGGAGGUGGAUCCCAUACCUAAGACUGUGCAAACAGAUUUGGAGAUUGUGGGCUUUAUUGAGAUUGCUGAUAUAUCCAGUCCUCCUGUUUUGUCCAGACACCUGGUCCUACCCAUUGCAGUGAAUAAAGAGGUGGAUGAAGUGGGCGCUGGAGCUGCUGAUGAAACAGAGGAGGAGUCCUCAGCCAAUCAAAUGGCAGGAAAAAGCCCCAACUUCUGUGUUCUUUUGCAUGGUAGCCUCAAAGUGGAAGGCAUGGUGGCCCUGGUACAGCUGGGGCCUGACUGGUUUGGCAUGCUGUACUCUCAGGCGGACAGUAAGAAGAAAUCCAAUCUGAUGAUGUCACUGUUUGAGCCGGGACCAGAACCGCUGCCGUGGCUGGGCAAAGUCUCCCUGCUGGGGCCAAGCUCAGAUGCUGCAGAAAACCCAUAUGGGGAGGAUGACAGCAAAAGCCCCUUCCCCGUUCAGCCCAAAAACAAACGGAGCUACGCUCAGAACGUCACCGUUUGGAUCAAGGCCAGUGGACUGCAGACAGACGUGCAGAAAAUCCUGAGGAAUGCCAGGAAACUGCCUGAGAAGACCCAGACCUUUUACAAGGAGCUGAACCGUCUCCGAAAGGCGGCCCUGGCCUUUGGCUUCUGGGAGUUGCUGAAGGGUGUGGCCGAGCUGCUGGAGAGGGAGUGCACCCUGCUUCCCGACUCCGCCCACCCCGAUGCUGCCUUUCAGCUUUCCCAUGCUGCCCAGCAGCUCAAACUGGCUAGUACGGGAGACUCCCAGUUUGCAGCCUUCGACCACAACAUCGCCCCCAUGCAGACGGACUUCUCUGGGGGUGGAGGUGGUGUGGAGAGGAUGUAGGAACCAAUGCCUGGACGAAUUACACAGUGCUGAAGAUUGUUUGGGUCAGUGUAGGCUGGGUCCAAGGAGGCUGGCAUCUCUAGACUGGGUAGAGACUGAAUGACCUGUGGAGUUUUACAUGUGCCGUUUUCAUUGUCUCACACAUUGGAUCUUAUCCCAGCCAGAGCCAAAGUACAAAGUCAUGCUUGUCUCAGUCACGAACUAUGAACCCUGUCAUUUGGGGAAGAAGUCAUUCGUUACAGGCUGUGUUUGCUCACUCUGAACUGUUCACUGGGUAAGGGGGGAAGAAAAAACAAUUCUGUAUCUCCAAGGAGACACACUGAAAGGCCAAGGAAUCAAUUUCUAGUUAGUGAGUUUUUUUGUACGUAGCAUUUUCUGAUACUCUG